AGUUCCAUUAAAAUAUAAAUAGAUGUUGCGUCAAGCCCAAUCUCUUAAUUAACUUACACAGAAAGAUAUAACGGAAAGAUAAACUAAUGGAAGGAGGGCAACUAAUUUUGAUAGAAUUCUUAGUCGAUACAGUCAAUAUUCCUACAAUACGGGCGAUCUACGACGAGAUAUUGCCGGCCAGAACAUGCGUCUCCUUCCAAAUAUUGAACCUGCCCCCUAUCAAAAUCUACGAAGAAACGCCGACGGAAUCUUGCGCUUGCAUCCACAGUGGAUCACAAGUCUUCCAAAAGGGCAAGUCCUGCUUAUUCGCGCUUCCCGACAAUGUCCUGCGAAAACCAUUGUGCAACUUCCCCAUAACAAUGUCCGUUUACAAGGAACUACCGCCAGGAGUUUUGCCAGACGUCAUGCUAAUCGGCACUCACCAGAUCCAACUUCACGACCUCAUGAACUGCCUGCUGGGCACGCACGUCUCUCGGCGCCGAAAUCCGUACAAAACGAUGAAGAACGCUUUUAAAAUUACCACAGCGACAGGGCAACACGUAGGCGAAGUCACGGUCUUUAUUCGCGCUUCGUGCUUCGGCAAGAAGAUUGUCACGCAAUUUCAGCUCCCCCGCAACAAGGAACCGUAUCUUUUCAAGGGCGCCGAUGACAGCCCUGUAUAUUUAUGCAAGAGAAUCGCUUCCGCGUUGGAUAGACGACAGGUAAAAUGCGUGUGCUCUCCCAAGAAUGGCGAUGGCAGCGGAGAAGCUGCGAGGAUCCGCUGCUCUGUUGGCGCCGACGAACGCCAGCCAAGACAACUGCGGGACAUCAAGACAGAUAAAUGUCCACCGUGUUGUCGCGGUGUGCGGGAUACCAUCAAGAGCAAGGAAACUGUUAGAAAAUGUGGUUGCGCCGUUAAAGAAGAACGGACUUGUAGUUGCUCGCGGUCAAAUAUCAAAUAUUCAACAUGAGUGGAGAAGACACGCGGAGCGUGUCUAAAAACCGACGGGUGAAAAAUUCAGGAAUCAAGAUAUUUGAUAGCGAAGGCUGUCGGCCGAUCGAUAGCCGUCGCCUCGUUUCGAUCCUCAUCCAGCAUCCGUGCGCGCCCCUGCGUAUUUAAAUCUCCGUUUAUUCCUGUCCAGCGUCGCGGGGGGCGCCGCGACGGUACCA